AUGGCACCCCCUCGGUCGUCCUCGCUCCCUUCCAAGGGCCGAUCCACUUCAUCGAUCAACCAACCGAACGCAUCUUCCUCCUCCAACCAAGAACCCGAUGCGGUCCUACACCGUAUCACCUCGCUGUCGUCCGCGUUGCCUCCCGUCGCACCGACCCACGCCGAUCUGAACCCGUUGAUCGACCUCAUCUCCCUCUUCCAGAAAGUACCCCUCCAACCACCACCCAACACCGCCUCCACCUCAUCAUGGUACCAGCUCAACCGGCAGGCCGUGCACACGUCGUUGCAUGCGCUCAAGGCGACGUUCGAGGCGCUCAUCGACCACGGGAGGCUGCACGGCGUGCUCAAGCGCAAGAUCGCGCCAGGACAGGGGGUAUCCUCGUCGUCAUCCAAGGAACAGGCGGCGGCGUUGGAAAUGGCUUCGGUGCAAAAGGUCAAAGAGUGGUUGCAAGGGAGGUGGGCCGACUACCUGAAACAGACCGCUACGGUCGUACAGGGCCAUUGGGACGUGGGUGUCAGGGUAAGAGAAUUCACCCCGAUCCCGUCCGUCGACUUCCUACAAGCUGACCCCCGACCCGUGCUCGCGCUCACCAGAUCUCCGCCUUGAACGCACUCAUGUCCUUGCUCCGAACCGAAUCGACCUUCCUCACCUCCCUGCACCACUCGCGACAAGCCCAAUUCCCCUCCUCGACUUUGCUCCACAUCGUUCGUGCCAUUCUCCUACCCCAAGACGACGAGGGGCUCAUCGUUCCCGAGAUCAAGGACGAGUGGCAGAAAUGGUGGAACGUCUGCGACGACAUUCGGUACCACUUUCUCAAGGAGUCCGCUACCCUCCUCUCCUCGUACGCUUCGUCCAACCAGGAUGUCCCGACGCAUCUCGUGUCCAACAUGAUCACGCUCUUUGAAUCGCUCACGUCGAUGCCGACCGUACCCAAGGAACUGAACGAAUGGUGGUGUUCGACCCCUUUGGCGCUCAAGUCAAAGGGUGACACGAGCAACAAGAAGCGCAAGACCGAGACCGGAUCGUCAAAGGAUGAUGGAAGUACAGGCAUUUUCGACUCGUCCUCGUCCUCCGAAUCGGACGAGAACGCCCCCAAGAUUUCGGCGAGGGACUCCAAGAAACUCUUGCCGCCUCUUUUAUCCCUCUCCGCCCACCGUCGCGUCUUUCAGGAUUGUGUCUUGGCCUUGUUGAGCCUCCCGUUGGACGAGGCGCAAUCCAAGAGGGUUCUGAGCAUCUUGCAUCGUCAGGUGUUGCCGCACAUGACAGACCCCAAGAGGUUGAUGGAUUGGUUGGUCGAUUGUACGACCCAGGGUGGGACAAUCGCCAUCUUGGCUUUGAACGGUCUUUUCACACUGAUGCAGAAGCAUAACCUGUACGUUCUCCGCCGUCCGUGUGAUGGAACUCUUCCCUCAAACUGACUUUCGGAUUCGGCGCCCAGUGAAUACCCCAAUUUCUACUCGGCGCUCUACUCGCUCCUAACGCGCUCACUCCUCCACACGCGGUACCGCCCACGUUUCUUCCGUCUGUUGAUCAUCUUCCUCUCCUCGACGCACAUCUCCGCCUCCCUCGUCGCGAGCUUCAUCAAGCGACUUUCUCGAUUGGCCCUUGCGGCCCCUCCUUCAGCCAUCGUCACCAUCGUUCCAUUGGUGUACAACCUCCUCAAACUCCAUCCGGGGUGUAUGGUCCUUAUCCACAACCCUUCCCCAACCGACGAAUCGAUCCACACCGAUCCAUUCGACCCCGAAGAAAAAGACCCGAACCUAACUCGAGCUUUGGAAAGUUCUUUAUGGGAGAUACAAAGUUUGAUGCAGCAUUAUUUGGCCAGUGUGGCGGGCUUGGCCAAGGUUUUUAAGGAGGUGAUGAACAAGGAGAGGUAUGGGAUGGAGGAUUUUUUGGAUCAUUCGUUUGCGACGGUCAGUUUUUUUCUUUUUUCUUUCACUUUCUCUGUAAUUUGGGGGGGGGGGGGGGAUCGCCCUACAAACUCGGGUGUAGAAUGCUUAUCGUGUUCGGUUCUUCUUCUUCUUUCAAAGAUGUUCGAAACCGAGGCUACGCGACUUAUCCGUAACGCACCUGCCUUGGCACCCGUUCCUCAACGCCAACCGAUAGGCGACUCCUUCUUCCCCUCCACACCCGCUGCUGAAAGGCCUACGAAGGUGGUCAAGAAGGUUGUGAAGAGGUCGUUGUUGGAGGAUGAAGGGGAUGAGGAAGAGGUGGAGGUGGAACAAGGGCCGGUGGAUACGGUGGCGAGGUUAUGGGUAUUUUGA